AUGGGACUCCCAGUCUCUGGUGUUAUUGUGCCCAAUGUUCAACUUGGGAAGGUGAUAAUAGGGACACGCAGGAGUGUGGCCCUUGUCCAGCGACCUAGUGCCUGUGCGACCUGGGAUCUUUUCUGGGUUCUGGCUGGCCCACUCUCAGCCACAUUACAACCUCCACCUGCCCUGCAAGCCAAUGGGGGAUCUGGCAGCUCCAGUGAGUCAGAGAGUAGCUCAGAAUCGGACUCAGAUACUGAAAGCAGCACCACUGACAGUGAAUCCAAUGAGGCUCCUAGAGCGGCCACUCCAGAGCCUGAGCCACCCUCCACCAACAAAUGGCAGCUAGACAAAUGGCUGAACAAAGUUACAUCCCAGAACAAGUCAUUUAUUUGUGGACAGAAUGAGACACCCAUGGAGACCAAUUCUCUGCCUCCUCCAAUAAUACAACCAGUAGAAGUCCAGGUGAAAAUGAAACCAAACCCAAGCCAGGCUGUGCCUGAACCCAAAGAAAGGCCUCUCCUAAGCCUCAUUAGGGAGAAAGCUCGACCAAGGCCCACUCAGAAAAUCCCAGAAACAAAGGCUUUGAAGCAUAAAUUGUCAACAUCAGUUGACACAGUUUCUCAAAGGACAAUUGGGAAGAAACAGUUUAAAAAAGUUGAGAAAAACACCAGCUUUGAGGAGUUUACCUGGCCCAAACCAAAUAUUACCAGCACCACUCCCAAAGAGAAAGAAAGUGUGGAGGUUCCUGACCCACCACGAAGCCGCAACAAAGCAAAUACCCACAAAUCAGUUCCUAGGAAAGAACCAAGGCCUCAUGCCCUUUUGACCACUGAGAAAAAGAAGUACAGAGGGACUGGGAAGAUUGUGCCAAAGUCCCGGGAAUUCAUUGAAACAGAUUCAUCUACAUCUGAUUCUAACACAGACCAGGAAGAGACCCUGCAGAUCAAAGUUCCGCCUCCUUGCAUUCCUUCUGGAGGUAAUACUUCUAAACCCAAGGAUACAUGUAAUGCCAGCCUGACCCUUAGUACCUUGACCAGCAGCAACAACAACAACUUAUCCACCAGCAAUGUUGAGACAGCUUUUUCAUCACCUUCUGCCAUGCAAACUGAACUUUUGUCCCCUCUACAAGAUCAAGAGAAUCCCAAAAACCUCUGGGUGAAAAUUGACUUUGACUUACUUUUUAGAAUACCUGGCCAAAACUCAGUCCCAGCAGCACCUGCCAAGACAGACCACAAAGAAACUGUCUCUAAACCCAAGCGUCAAACUGCUGCCACAGCUGUUGAAAAAUCAGCUCCUAAGGGCAAGCGUAAGCACAAGCCAGCAGAAGCUGCAGAGAAAAUCCCUGAGAAGAAACAACGCCUGGAGAACAACACUACUGUCUGCCUGCUUCCUCCUUGCAUUUCACCAGCCCCACCCAACAAGCCUCCUAACAUUAGAGAAAAUUCAUCCAGGAGAACAAACAAGAGAAAAGAAGAAAAGCUGUUCCCUCCUACACUUUCCCCACUGGCAGAGGACCUGCCACGUCGCAGAAAUGUCAGUGGCAACAAUGGGCUCUUCAGUUCUGACAAAAACAUCUCCAUAGCUGGACAAAUCACUUCUAUCAAACCUAAGAGAAGUGAAGGCAAAUUCUGUGCUACUUUCAAAGGAAUAUCCAUAAAUGUAAAUGAGGGAGAUGCCCCAAAAAAGGCUGUCUCUGCCACCAUUACUGUCACUAAUACAGCUAUAGCCACUGCCACUGUCACUGCCAUUGCCACUGCCACUGUCACAGCUAGUGCCACUACCACUGCCACGGUCACCACCACAACCACCACCACUACUAUUUCUACCACCAACUCUACAAUCACUACUGGCCUUAUGGAUAGCAGUCACCUGGAGAUGACAUCAUGGGCAGCCCUGCCCCUCCUGUCCAGCAGAAGCACCAAUGUCCGGAGACCCAAGCUCACAUUUGAUGACUCUGUUCACAAUGCUGAUUUUUACAUGCAAGAGGCUAAGAAGCUGAAACACAAAGCUGAUGCACUGUUUGAGAAAUUUGGCAAAGCUGUGAACUAUGCUGAUGCAGCCCUCUCCUUCACUGAAUGUGGCAAUGCCAUGGAACGUGAUCCUCUGGAAGCAAAGUCUCCAUAUACUAUGUAUUCUGAGACUGUGGAACUCCUCAGGUAUGCAAUGAGGCUGAAGAACUUUGCAAGCCCCUUGGCUUCUGAUGGGGACAAAAAGCUAGCAGUAUUAUGCUACCGAUGCUUGUCACUUCUCUAUUUGAGGAUGUUUAAACUGAAGAAGGACCAUGCUAUGAAAUACUCCAGAUCACUGAUGGAGUAUUUUAAGCAAAAUGCUUCAAAAGUUGCUCAGAUACCAUCUCCUUGGGUAGGCAAUGCAAAGAAUACUCCAUCCCCAGUGUCUCUCAACAAUGUCUCUCCCAUCAAUGCAAUGGGGAAUUGUAACAACGGCCCUGUCACCAUUCCCCAGCGCAUCCACCACAUGGCUGCUAGCCAUGUCAAUAUUACCAGUAAUGUGCUUCGGGGCUAUGAACACUGGGAUAUGGCUGACAAACUAACAAGAGACAAUAAAGAAUUCUUUGGCGAUCUGGAUACAUUGAUGGGGCCUCUGACCCAGCACAGCAGCAUGACCAAUCUUGUCCGUUAUGUUCGACAGGGACUCUGUUGGCUGCGCAUAGAUGCCCAUUUGUUGUAGUGAGUGAUCUCCCAUUUCUAGCAUCACUGCCCAUCCCUCUACAUUUACCAGUGCCUUGGUAGUCACUGGUGGAACUCCACUCAUUUUUGAAAGUUCUCUUUCAUUAUGUUUGUUUUUAUGCAUUUUUGAUAUCUGUGAAAAACUGAAGUCAUUGUAAGUGGACACUACAACUUGAGAGAAGUGUGUGUUUUAUUUUUUAAUAUUUGAUAUGCAUUUCUCAUAUCUCAUUAUUUUUGUGCUUUAUGGAAUGAAAAUCCCUACAAUAUUGAUUUAAGUCCACAUGAUUCAAAACAAAGAAUGAGAAGCACAUGUGAUGAUGACACAUCUCUGAGAAUUCAAAGAAGCUGUCUAACAUACAUCUGAACAAGGGACCUGCAAAGACUUCAGCAGUAGCCAUUCCCCAAACUAUACUAUCCAGAAAAGAAGGUAUUUUAGAAUCCAUUGUUAAGCAAUUUCUGUGGUUCCUACAGACUAAAUCUUCAGGUGAGAGUCUCCAUUGUUCAAACCCACAGAUUUGAUGUUUUAUCCACAUUAUAGAGUCAAGAGUAGGAAGAAAAAUACAAGCAUAAGAAUUAUACUUUUGAAAGAAUACACCACAAGACUCUUUUGUUAACAUCUUCUUCUUGGUUACCUAUUUUUUCCCAUAUGUUUUGAGAAAGAAGAGUAACAUUUAUUUUGAUAAUUUUAUGGCACCCUCACCUGGGAUUCUCUUUGUACAAAGCUCUUCUUUACAAGGAGAAGUUUUGCUAGAUGCACAUCUUAGUCAGCAAAAUAUCACACUCAUCUUAGACAUGAGAAAUCAGACCAAACUGAAAACCCUCCUAUAAAAAUCCAUGCCUCUGCCUCAUUUGCAGCCAGUAGGCAAAUCCAUCAUGUCAAGUAUUUUGAUUGAUUUGCAUAUCAAAUCUGUGGAAUCAAAAGUGAAGUUAUCAUGUCCUAGAAUUAAUAAUGUAUAAUUCAUUUCCUAGUGUC